AUGGAGAUACGUGCGGCCCAUGGUGUGGCCCAUGGUGCAAGCUACCUCCCACGGUGCAAGGUGCUGACGGGAAUGCACGGAGCAGCUCUCAAAUACCAUCCUCUCCUCAUGUCACUCGCCCGCAUCGUCUUCCCCUUCGCCCCGUUCCACCUUUCCCCCUUCCCCCACUCUCCCCUUCCACUAAUGCAGCUAUGGCCCGUGGUGCAAGGUGCUGGAAGCAGCUCUCAUCGCCACUCUCACCUCCCUCGCCCGCAUGGCCCUCCCCUUCGCCCGGAAAACGAGGUCUGCCCGGACCCCAGCCUGAACGGCAACUACAUUGCUUUCACCUGCCCGGCGGGCAGCUACAACCCCAUGGCUGGACUGGCGCCCACCACCAACGACAACGCCAUCACCAACCUCUUCUCUAGCUCGCCUGCUCAAUACACUUAUCCCACGCUCGCGCUCUUCUUCCUCGUCUUCUUCUCGCUUGCCAUCGUCACUAACGGCUGCUCCGUGCCGGCCGGCCUUUUCGUCCCACUCAUAGUAGCAGGCGGUACGUACGGCCGCAUGAUGGGCAAGCUCAUGCGCUCACUCACCUCCCCCGCCGCCCCCACACUCUCCUCCUUCCUCCUCCCCUCCCUCACCUCUCCCCUCCGCUCCGCCGGGCUACUCUUUACCGGAGAAUCUGAUACCGACACGGGAUUGGACGAGGGGACGUAUGCUCUUCUCGGCGCUGCGUCCCUAUUGGGCGGCUCGAUGCGCAUGUCAGUCUCCCUCUCCGUCAUGCUGCUGGAAGUUACCGGGAACCUUCUCCUGCUGCCGCUGAUCAUGCUGGCCACCACGAUCGCCAAGGAGGUGGGGGACUGCUUCAACGAAGGGGUGGUUGACGAGGCGAGCCACUUAAAACGCCUGCCCAUGCUGGAAUACCCCCCGCCCGAGUUCAUGAAGAAUUUAACGGCUAUAGACGGCGUGCGCGGGCCGGCUGUAGCGCUGAAGAGCGUAGAGCGCGUGGGGGAGGUGCUGCGAGUCCUGCAGACCACCACCCACUCCGCCUUCCCUGUCGUGCAGAUUGUUUCUGUGGGGGAGCAGGGGAAGAAGGAGGUGGGGGAGGGGGAGGGGGAGGUGCAGGCGGUGCUGUACGGUAUGGUGCUGCGCUCCAAGCUGCUCAAGCUGCUGGCGGAUAAGUCCGCCUUCCAGCGUGGUACUCUCUGCACUGCUCGCACCAAUCCCCUUUAUAAGCUUCCUCUCUCUAGCAACACUGCAGCUGCCGCUGCUGCUGCUGCUGCUGUCCCGGAACCCAGGCCUGCUAACCAGCGGACAGUGCGAUUUGAGGGCGUGCCGGACAGUCCGCAGGCGGCCAAUGGGGAGGCGCCACGUGGCGCAGCUGAGGGUGGCCAUGCGGAGGGGAGGAGGCUGGCGAAAUCUCUGUCGCACAAGCACCGCACAGCGACGGCGAUAGUGAACGUUAAGAAGACGCCUUCUAUCGAGGAUAUCGAUCUGAGUGCAGAGGAGCUGGAAAUGCACUUAGAUCUGCACCCCUUCUGCAACACCUCCCCCCACGUGGUGGGCGAGGCCAUGAGCCUGCGCAAGGCGUACGCCAUCUUCCGGCGAAUGGGGCUGCGCCACCUGUGCGUGGUGCGCGAGCGCAUGCAGGUGGUGGGCGUGCUGACGCGCAAGGACCUGCUGCCCCACUCGUUUGAGAAACAGCAGCUGGAGGAAUGGGACGACGACAGCGAUAGCAGCGACGAGGACGAGGACGAGGAGGAGGUGGAUGGUGGUUCGGUGAGGGCAGAUGGUGGGGUUGCGAGUGUGAAUGGCGGUGCGGGAGUGAGUGGCAGUGGUGGUGGUGAGGGUGGAGGGUCAAUAGUGGACCGGGCAGUUGUGGCAGUGGCGAGUGAUGGGGAGGAGAGUGGGAGGCGUAUGAGCGGCCAUGUGAGUGACAGCGAGGGUGGUGUUGGCACCCCGCGGCGCAGGAGCAGGCAUGCGAGAGACAGUGAGGCCGGUGCUGGGACCCCGCGGCGCAGGAAGCGUGUCUGUCCUUCCUUCAUCUCGCGCUGCCACACGCAGAAGUACCACUGA